GUCAACUUAUUAUGGUGUUUGUGCUGAAAAGUUUUCAAAAUCAGCACAAAUUUACGAAGGUAUUAUAUGUAAAUAUGCGGCUACACAGUAUGCCGUCCCUAUCCUGUAACUAUGUCAUUAGAAGUACUGAUUUCUGUGGCAUCAAUGGUUUUCGCGUAGAUCGAAUACGAGUAUAAAUCAACCAAACUGUUGAUCAAGUUCAUAUAAAAAUAUUUUUGAAUUGACUAGCUUAUAAGCGGAACCUAAGUUAUUAUAUAUAAAAGUAUUAUAUUAUAUAUUUUGUGUUUUAUAAACAAAAAAAAUUUUAAACAAGCAAUAAAAAGUCAUAAAUGCCCAAUCACUUAAUCCAAUUUCGAUUGGUGAUAAAUAUCAGUAAAAAAAGCCUAUAGUAGGUGCCUACUAAUCAAAAGUGAACGUUUUGAACAUUGGCGCAAUGAAGACCCCAUAAAAGCUUUGCUAAAAUAGUCUGUUGUUUAUAUCAAAUCUCAUGUGGCUUCACAUUUAAUUUAUAGACACGUCUAGGGCCAGAGAUAACACGUUGCAUGAAUGACUAAGAUUGAGUCACAACUGUUGGUUGCUUAGAUCCUACGAUUAUUUUAUGACAGACAAUAAAAGUUUACGAUUAUUUAUAGCGAUUGGACAGGUUGAAGUGUUGGCUACCUGAUUUUGGAGCGAGUAAAGGUUUAAAUGCUUUUAAUAUCUGAAAUUGUUUUGCGGAAAACCCGAUUAUAAAAGCAAAUGGCGGCAGCUUAGAAAGCAUUAGUUAAAGAGUUGAGCAAUCAACCAAAGAAAUAUUGGUUUGGCGCUAACGGCUGCGAGUUAAAAAACAUUUUAAAGUUACGUAGAAUUCAGUGCGCUACCGUUCUAUACCGUUCUUUACUUCACUACACUAUAUUUCAGCUUUAAUGACCGCCUUUAUUAAGAUCUCAAGCAUCGCCUUCUUGGCCAUUUGUUGCCUGGCUGAGGCGCAAUAUGUGCCCGGUGUUUCCUAUAUAGACAAUGUGGAACUCGCCUACGACAAUAUGACAGACAUUUGGCGAUGCAAUAAACUCGUAUGUCCCACUAGUACGCACGGCUGUAAGCUCAUAAAGCGCAACAAUCCCAACAAAGCAGACGAAUUGAUUUGCAACAAUAUUUGCUACAACAAGAAGGGUGAAAAUUUGUUGAAGUUCACACAUACCGAGUCCAUGUUGACAGCGCAGACAGUUGAUAUUUAUGUAAACUCUUAUGUGGGCAGCGAAGUUGGCGGCGAUGUGUGGCAGUGGAGCACGGGUUACAGUCUGUCGUGGCAAGGAGUAAAUGCCACCAUCAAAGCCGAAUAUUGGCCAAGAGUACAAGAAAGUAUGAGAGAUCUUAUAAAGAUAUUUGACGAAUCAUAUGGUAAAGAGUAAACGGCACAUAUAAGGGAGCUCAUUAAGAAAAUUAUAUUCAAUUUACUUUUUUAAAUUAUUAAAAUUUAAAAUAAAUAUAAUCUCACUCGGCAU